AUGGCGGAUGAGAAAGAGAAGGAGGCUGCAGCUGUCGCUGAGGAACAGGGACAGCCGAAGGAAUUCGACGAUAUCCUCGGCGCCAUCGGCGAAUUCGGCAGGUGGCAGAAGAUCCUCUUUUGCCUGGUCUCACUGAUCGGAAUCAUGACGGCAAUGAACACCUUGGCCCAAGUGUUCAUGGCCGGGGAGGCUGACCACUGGUGCCGCGUGGCCCCCUGGGACCAGGCCAACUGCACCGAUACUGGCCCGCCCGACGACUGGGAAUGCCUCCUGGAGAAACGCAACGCGUCCAUCCCCCUGGUGACCAACAACAAAAGCGACAAAGCCUUCGAGCAAUGCGAGAUGUACGACAUUGGAGAGAAGCCUUUCAUUCUCGGGGCGAAUUCUAGUUUCUACGAAACCAGCAACACCAUUAAAUGCGCCGACGCAGACGGUUGGGUGUACGACACAAGACAGUACCAGACAACCAUAAUUAAUGAAAAAAGCUUCGUGAGCCUGGCGCAGUCGAUCUACUUCGCCGGAUUGCUGGUUGGAUCGUUUGUAUUUGGUUCAUUGGCUGACUUGCUGGGCCGUAAGCCGACAAUCUACAUCGCCACCACACUUUUUCUGGCAGCUACUCUGGGUAACGUCUUCUCGCCCAGCAUAGUCGUGUACAUGGUGCUGCGUUUCUUCGUUGCGGCCGGGGGGAUGGGGGCCUACUUGAUUGCGUACGUCCUCGGUAAGCCUUUCUGA